GUGACCAGGUGCUUGAUGAGUUGUAGUUUGGCCAAACAAAGAGCACAGUCUGCGUGGAGGAAUUUCAGUGAUUCACAGCUCACUGCUGAGGCAUCAGGCCUGCUUAUUUUUUGGCUCUUCAAAUGGCGUGUCAAGAGCCUAUACUUACUACUAAGAUUUUAACAUGUUUGGGACUGUUUUUGGUCGCAACUUCAUUUUGUCAUGGCAAAGGACUGACAAAGCUGAAGGCAUUGGACAAAUCAAUGGGAAAUUCGAAUCUUGGCCACGUUGAAAUUGAGGGUCUUGAACAGCACCAUGGAAAACUCUUGAUAGGCCAAAAUACUGCUGAAACCAAGAUCACAAAGAACCCACCGGAAGUUGACACAGAUUACCAGGCAGACAUGGGUUGGGAGCAGUCAAAGCAACACAAAGGGCAGGUUCAAGGCUUUUCAGAGCAGAAGCAAGACACUUCAACAGUGGAGCGAUUACUUCAAAUGGAACCCAAGGUUGAAUGUACCAGAGACUCCAUGAAGCUUCAGGUCCAAGAUGCUGUUUCUAAUCCUGGAUCUCUGUUGUUUGUGGACAGGGGAAGUCGCCUGUCUCCUCUUCCCCUGUCCAAGUUGCCAUCAAGCUGUGGUUACUCCUUCCAGGCAACAAGGAGAGACCUGGUUUUAGUGGCACCCUAUGAUGGCUGCUUUGUCGCUCUUGAGGAGGACACUUAUGUUCUGCCAUUGCGCUGGUGGGGUUUACCAGUGAAGAUGUCUUGCCCUUUGAUGAGGCAGCCCUCAUCUAAUCCUCCAAUGGUCUUCUGCCAUGCUGAGGGCAUGACAGUUAAAACAGACUGGACCAUGUCUGCUGCCUCAAUAAAAGUGAAGUUGUCUGGUCACUGGGUGCCACUUUUGACUACCUCAUGGACAUGUGGGUUCACUGUUGUUGUACAACCUGAAGGCAUGACCAUCAAUGUUCGCUAUACACCCUGCAUCCAGGAAACGGGUGGAAUGUAUACCCUGGAGCUGGCUGGAGAUGGAGAAACAAAAUUGUCAUGUCCAUCACUUACAUCGGAAUUUGAACCAACAAAAGGUUCAGUAAAGAACCCUAAUCCACAAACAGACGCACCAGGCAAGGGGAUGCAGUCCCCCACCCAGUCACAAAAUAUUGCUGAAAACCAAGCCAUCGAUCAUCCUCAAUUGCCUCACUUUCCUACUUACCCCAAAUUCUUUUACCCUGUCAAUCCAGAAUCUACACUUACAGAAAAGCCUUACUCCCCUCCUGUUACAGAUACAAAUGUUGGUCAACAGCAACCAAUUGCCCCCCCUGCAAAUCCAUCAGUGACUCCUGAAGGUCAAGUUCAGCAGUCCUUCUACCAGUAUCUCUACUACCCCCAACCAUACCCUCAGCCAGCUACAAAGCCCUCGCAGCCUGGAGCCCCUAAGGGCCAAGUUCAACAAUCAUUCAUCACUCAACCAGAGCCUGAAAAACCAACUUCUGCUCCAAAACCACCACAACCAUCAAGGCAUGCUAACCCUCAGGGUCAGGUAUAUCAGCCAUUUCCUCCCUUUCACUACCCAUUCUAUGCUCAACCAGAGCCUGACAAUAAACCAGCCUCAGGGCCCACUGCUGCCCCACAACCACAGCAGCCAGAAGACCCAAAAAGCCAAGUUAACAGUCAAUUCCACCAGUUCCCCCUCUACCCUCAUCCAGAGACAGGCAAACAUCUGGAAAAGCCUACUGGUUCAGGCAAGCCACAACAACCAGAGGACCCUCAGGGCAAAGGACACCAGCAAUUCAACCCUUAUCACUAUAUAUACUCUAGGCCAGGAAGUAAAAAGCCACCAGCUGUGAAGCCCUCGCAAGCACCACAACCUGCAGCCCCACAGGGAAAGGUAUACCCUAAGCAAGAGCCUGAAAAACAACCAGCUACAAAGCCCUCACAGCCUGAAGCCCCUAAAGGCCAAGUACACUAUCAGUUCCCCCCCCAGCCUGAGCCUUAUGGACCACAAGCUGCUCAAAAACCUAAACAGCCUAUUGUCCCUCAGAGUCAAGUUUACCAAUCAUUCUACCACCCCUUCUUUUACCCCCAACCUGAGCCUGAAAAUCCACCAGCUACGAAGCCAGCACAACCUCCUCAAGCCCCUGAGAGCCAUAUGCACCAGCCAGAGCAUCAGAGUCCAUCAGCUGAGAAGCCCACUUCUGCUUCAAAUCCACCGCCUGAAGCCCCCCAGCCCCAAGAGUACAGGCCAUUCAACCCCUAUCCCUACCACCACUAUGGUUACCCCUUCUACUCUCAGCCAGAGCCUACAGAUCAGCAAAGUGCUGUCCCAAAGCCGACCGCUCCUGAGGGUGAUACUCCAACUGUCCACAACCCCCAGCAGCCACAGUACCCUCAGUUUGUAACAUUACCCCCUGUUACUUCCAUAAAGGACCCUCAUCAGGGCAGUUCUUCCUCCAGUGCUCCUGCCAAUCCACAACCCAGUAAAGGUGGCACAGACCAACCUGUGUAUUGCCCCCAAUCUUGCCCAUCUGGAUUGUCUAACUGCUGUAUACAAAUUGCUUUCCAUCAACACCUCCAUCAUAUCAUACCUGCAAAAGAGACUCCAUUGUUCUAUCCAGGUCUGCCAUUUCUCCCUUCACUGGUUUCUUCUGAAUUUGAACAAGGCAUGGUUUCUGUUCCCCUUCUUCAGAAGUCAACUGGAACAACAUUGGAAGCUUCUCUAGCUCCCACCUCUGCACAUGCUUCAUUGCAGUCCCUAUCAUCAGAAAAGGGGAAGCAGCAAUUUCACCAGCCACCAGGUGGCAGCCCUGAUGCCCUGAAAGGAGGUAAUCCUAGCAAGCCAACAAAUCAACAACCGAUUCCCUUUGUACCUUAUCCAGUGCACCCUUAUUGGCCAUACCUACCGCAACAUGAGAGUCAGCAGAAGAUUCCGCAAAGCCAAUUACCAGCUCACUACACUAUGCCCUCUCAACCACAGGCUCUGGGUAAGGGUCAAGUUAAUCCCAUGGUACAACACCCGUCAACCAUCAGUAAGCUAGUAACCACAGAACAAAGGCCCUCAGACAUUAAAUCCAGUGAUUCCAGAGCCCCAACAUAUCCUGAAGUUAUAAGUGAUAAACAUAAUCGACUUCUUCAAUACCUCUUACAAAAUGCUCAAGGACGUACUGAUAAUAACCAUAGCCAUUCAGCACAUCCACAGCCUCUUGUUAGGAGUUUACAGGAACCUGAACAUCAACCAAUGACUAAUGCCAAUUCUGAUCCCAAAAGUUAUGUGCUUCUCCAACAUGGCCCACCAGGCAGGGAGUCAAAUGGCUUCAAUAGAUCUCCCCUGCUUUCCACAGACUUAAUACAUGAUGCAAAUCAUCAAAGUUAUAAACCACAGCAUUCUCAAAGUUGGACGCCCUCACUGGAAAAACUCCAAAAACCUGAAUGGUUUGGGGAAGGACUGCCUAAUCCUUUCCCUGGAAAUGUGAACUACAUGCCAAGAUUUGGUGAUGGCUCAAGCUCCACGAGGCACUUCUCUGCUCCAAUUGGCCCUAGUUUUGUGCCUUUGCCCCAGGAUCCCUCUUCCAGUGCAGAUCAUUUAAAGCCUAAAUUCCCUGGCUUCUGGAAUCCAAUGGCACCCCAUACCUCAGGCCAAAGGGUUCCUCCUCAUAUUCGUCCAGAGGCCUUUCAACAAUGGAGCUCAGCAGCUGACCAGCCAGCAGAGGGAUUUGGCCAACCUACUCAGGAAGAAGGUGGAAAAAAGAAAUAAGUUACCUUCAAUGUGAAUAAAAGUUUGAAAAAGGC